CAUUUUUUCCAUCGCGUACCAACACUCACCAAACGUUUGGACGUGGCUACUUUUUUUUCUACCCCACACAAAGUCCAAUACAAAGCCAAACAAGCCAAAACCCCCACUUCCUUUUGACUUUGGCUGGUUGUCUCGCUGGUUGUUUGCCGACUAUUUUGCGACUCUGAUCAACAUGGCUGGUCUUCCGAGCCUGCUCAAGGUGGCGCUGAAGCGAGCGCAGCCGGCAGUGCGAGCGGUGUGGACGUGUCUACGCCUCGUCCUGCAGCCGGCCGUCCUGCUCACCAUCGCGCUGGUCUUCACGUCGUGGCGGAUGUACGCCCAACUCAACGUGCGCUGCGGGUGGGACAAUGGCGGCUCGUGGUCGGCUGGCCUCGCGUACGGACCGUCGCCCCUCGAGCUACGUCUGUCGCCGCUGCCCGCCAUCGACUGCGCGCUGGUCUCGGACGAGCUGGUGACGUUCGUCGCAGAUCCGUUCCUGCUCAACUACCCGAAGGGAACGCACAACUGGUACAUGUUCUUUGAGGCCAAGCACGCCGAGUCCUGGCAUGGCGACAUUGGCAUGGCCACCAGCAGAGACAAUGGCGCUUCGUGGGCCUACUCGAACAUUGUGCUGAACGAGAACUUUCACCUGUCGUACCCGUUUACCAUUUCGGACGUGACCGUGCAAGGGACGCCGUCCGCCAAUCUGGCCGACCAGUACUUUAUGCCCGAAUCCGGCGCCAUCCAGGAAAUUCGUCUGUACGGUCCCGACCUGCAGCUGGAUCCCGCCAGGCAUCCGGCAGGAGUGUAUUCGUCGGAUACGCCCAAGCCAAUGACGCAGUGGGUGCAUGUGCACACCUUGAUGAGUGGAAAGCCAUUCCUCGACUCGAGCCUGAUUUGGCACGACGAUCGCUGGUGGCUGUGGACGGCUGUCAACAAGGAGCUCUUGCUCUACUACAGCGAGCCUGGUCCGACUGCUGCGCCUGGCUCCCAUCCAAACUCACUGCUCAGCGUUACUUGGCACCUCCACCCGAAAAGCCCGCUGCGCGACUCGUCCUGCUCGUGGUGGCGUCCGGGCGGCCGCCCCAUUGUCUAUCGCGACCAUGUGUAUCUCAUGGCACAAGACGACACCGUUACCUAUGGUGGAUCCGUCCGCAUUCUCCGCGUCACCGAGCUCAACACCACCAGCUACAAGGAAAAGUCCGUUCGCUCCAUUGUCCCCGCCGAUCUUGUCGCUGGGCGAUUCCCGUUCGACAAGGCCGGCAUUCUCGAUGAUGAUGAUUACGACGAUGACGACGAGCAGCAUGCUGGGACUGCCGACGUGAACAAGGGCAACGUCGCCACGAUUGGCCGCAUUCCCAUUCCUUCCCUCGACCAGUACAACUACAUUACGGAGGCUGGAGUGAAGCCGUUCGGGUGGGCGUCAAAGCGGCUCCAUCACAUUGAUGCGCAGGAGGUUUCGCCGGGAGUCUGGAUUGCAUCCGUGGACGGCGACAGUCAGGUGAACAAGGUGCUCAUGUUCAAGGCGAUUGCGAUCGGUCUCUUGGUCGUCGUCUGCGCGAUUUGUUACCACUACUCGCUCUUUGCGCGCAUUCCCGCUGCUCGGCAGGUUCGUCUAGCGAUGCUCGAGACGCGCCAGCGCGUGUCGAAUCUCUCGACAACCGUCAAGGUGAUUUUUGGGUUGGUGGCUUUUGCCCUUCUCGUGCGAUUCCUCGUUGCCGGGCGCAUGGACACGCGUGUUAUUGUGAGCAGGCCCGAUUCGCGGUUUGCACAUGGGUACAAUCCCGAUGCAGGCGUCUUGUUUGACGGCGUUGAGAAGGAUCUCGCGCCGUCGAACGGCAAAGUCAUCAAGAUGGCCGCCAACCUGGACGAGUGCCAAAUCACAAUGAUCACCAGCAUGUACGAUGUUGGCCGCGGCGAGUUUUCUGGCGAAACGCGUGGAUUUGCCACUUACCUCGAGUACUUUAAGCAAAUCCUCGAGCUCGACACUUGCAUGGUGGUGCACGUCGACCCUUCUGUCGUGGACUUUGUUCGCAAGCACCGCGCGGCGCGGGCUUCGCGCACUGUCAUUAUUGCCGAAGAGUGGCAGGAUUUGCUCUCCCGAUACCCGUACCGAACAAAGAUGCAAGCCAUCAUUGACGACAAGGAGUUCAUGUCGCGCGUCAAGCGGCCCGGUCGCCCUGAAAUGAAGCUUGUUGGGUACAAUAUCAUCAUGUUCAAAAAGGUGGAUUGGGUGUACGACGCCGCCCGCUCCGACUACUUCCGCUCUCGGCAGUUCUUCUGGAUGGACGGUGGGUAUGGUCACGGCAAAAUGAUGGGCUUCCUCAAAGACCGCGUGUGGCCAGACCCCAGCAAGGUCGAGGCACUUGUCAACGACCAGCAAACGUACAUUCUGCGUGUCAAGGACUUUACACGAGAAAUGUGCCAAUCAGAGCGCGAAAUGUUCACCAGGCAUGCCAAAACGGUUGCGGGCGGCUUUUUCGGUGGGUCGCGGCGAGCCAUCCGCGCGCUCUACCCCGUCUUCCACCAGGCCAUCCAGCGCUCCCUCACGGGUGGCUAUAUGGAUGACGACCAAGCGGUCUUCUUUGCCGCAUGGUGCGAUCAGCCCGAUCUCUUCACCUUUGAAGAGUGUCCAAGGAACUUCCUCUGCACGGGUCUGACCAUCAAGCCGUGCUGGGACAUGUGGAACUGUCCAGUGUAUUACUUUGCCCCGGAUGACUAAGCCCUUUAAGUUUUUUUUCGUUUUGAUCGACCGUGCCGGGAAGAUGAGCAAACAAACAGGUUUUUGCUUUUGUGCUUGUUGCUUUUGCCUGCCUUGCGCUUGUCGGUGUUUUCGUGGUAAUAUUAUUUUUGUGCGGUUUUGCUGUCUGUCUGAUCCGA